AUGGAGAGUCACCAGAACACUCGAGUGUGCAGUGGUCUCGGGGGCAUUGCCAACAUGCCGUCCCUCGGCUCCGUGGCCCCGGUGCCCAUGGCCUCCAUGCCGGUGGUGGGGAUGUCCCCCCCCCUAGUGUCCUCCGUCCCCGCCGUCCCUCCCCUGGCUAACGGAGCUCCCGCUGUCAUCCAGCCUCUGCCUGCUUUCGCUCACCCCGCCACAUUGCCAAAGAGUUCUUCCUUCAGCAGAUCCGGGCCAGGAGCUCAGCUCAAUGCAAAGCUGCAGAAGGCACAGUCCUUCGAUGUGCCCAGGUGGGUCGUGGGGCAGGGGCUGGGUCCCCAAGCCAGAACAAUCCUCAUGCAGUCCAGUUUGCCCCAGGCUCAGCUGGCCACAAUAUGGAAUCUGUCUGAUAUCGACCAGGAUGGGAAGCUGACAGCUGAGGAGUUUAUCCUGGCCAUGCACCUCAUUGAUAUAGCUAUGGCUGGGCAGCCCCUGCCCCCUGCACUGCCUCAAGAGUUUAUCCCACCUUCCUUUAGAAGAGUCCGCUCUGGCAGUGGGAUAUCUGCUGCCAGCUCAGUGUCUGUAGACCAAAGGUUACCAGAAGAACCAGCAUUAGAGGAAGAACAGCAGCAGCUGGAAAAGAAAUUACCAGUCACGUUCGAGGACAAGAAGCGGGAGAACUUCGAGCGGGGGAACCUGGAGCUGGAGAAGCGGCGCCAGGCGCUCCUGGAGCAGCAGCGCAAGGAGCAGGAGCGGCUGGCACAGCUGGAGAGGGCCGAGCAGGAGAGGAAGGAGCGCGAGCGGCAGGAGCAGGAGCGCAAGAGGCAGCUGGAGCUGGAGAAGCAGCUGGAGAAGCAGCGGGAGCUGGAGCGGCAGAGGGAGGAGGAGAGGAGGAAGGAGAUAGAGAGGAGAGAGGCUGCCAAGCGGGAGCUGGAGAGGCAGAGGCAGCUGGAGUGGGAGCGGAACCGUCGGCAGGAGCUGCUCAACCAGAGGAACAAGGAGCAGGAGGACAUUGUUGUCCUGAAGGCAAAGAAGAAAACCCUGGAAUUCGAGCUGGAAGCUCUGAAUGACAAAAGGAACCAGCUGGAGGGAAAACUUCAGGAUAUCAGGUGUCGGCUGUCGACCCAAAGACAAGAAAUUGAAAGUACAAACAAAUCCAGAGAGCUCAGAAUUGCAGAAAUCACCCAUUUGCAGCAGCAGCUACAGGAGUCUCAGCAGAUGCUGGGGAGGUUGAUCCCAGAAAAGCAGCUGCUCAAUGAUCAGCUCAAGCAAGUCCAGCAGAACAGUUUGCACAGAGAUUCUCUUCUUACCAUCAAAAGAGCCCUGGAAGCCAAGGAGCUGGCACGGCAGCAGCUCCGGGACCAGCUGGAUGAGGUGGAGAAGGAAACCCGAUCCAAACUGCAGGAAAUUGAUAUUUUCAACAAUCAGCUGAAGGAGCUGAGAGAAAUCCAUAACAAACAGCAGCUCCAGAAGCAGAAGAGCUUGGAAGCUGAGAGGUUGAAACAGAAGGAACAAGAAAGGAAGACAGUGGAGCUGGAAAAGCAAAAAGAAGCUCAGAGGCGAAUCCAGGAACGGGACAAACAGCGGCCGGAUCGGGGGCAGCCAGAGGAGGAACCUCAGUGGCAAAAAAAAAUUCAGGAAGAUGAAAAGCAAAAAAGGGAAGAAAUGCCUAAGAAGAAGGAAAGUGAGGAGAAGGGGAAGCAGGAAAUGCAAGAGAAGCUGAGUAAACUUUUCCAGCCCCACCAGGAGCCAGCCAAGCCAGGCCAGGCUCCCUGGUCCAAUGCAGAAAAAGCUCCUCUGACCAUUUCUGCUCAGGAGGAUGUAAAAAUAGUGUAUUAUAGAGCUCUGUAUCCUUUUGAGUCCAGAAGCCACGACGAGAUCACCAUCCAGCCAGGAGACAUCGUCAUGGUGGACGAGAGCCAGACUGGAGAGCCGGGGUGGCUCGGGGGAGAACUGAAGGGCAAGACCGGCUGGUUCCCUGCAAACUACGCCGAGAGAAUCCCCGACAGCGAAGUGCCCGCCUCGGCCAGGCCGGCAGGGGAGGCCCCCAAGGUGUCCCUGCCCGAGAGCAGCACCCCCCUGGCAGCUCCUGCCCCCGGUGAAAAAGUGGAGGGGCUUCAGGCACAGGCUUUGUAUCCUUGGAGGGCGAAAAAGGACAACCACCUUAAUUUCAACAAGAAUGAUGUCAUCACAGUCCUGGAGCAGCAAGACAUGUGGUGGUUUGGAGAGGUCCAGGGACAAAAGGGGUGGUUCCCCAAAUCCUACGUGAAGCUCAUUUCAGGCCCCAUUAGGAAGUCAACGAGCAUGGAUUCUGGAUCCUCAGAAAGCCCUGCUAGUCUGAAAAGAGUAGCAUCCCCAGCAGCAAAGGCAACGAUGUCAGGGGAAGAGUACGUUGCCAUGUACACCUACGAGAGCUCGGAGCAAGGAGACCUCACUUUCCAACAAGGUGACAUGAUUCUGGUGACAAAGAAAGAUGGUGACUGGUGGACGGGCACGCUGGGUGAUAAAUCAGGAGUUUUCCCAUCUAAUUAUGUGAGACUCAAAGAUUCUGAGGCUCCAGGAGCAGCUGGAAAAACGGGAAGCUUAGGGAAGAAACCUGAAAUUGCCCAAGUUAUUGCCUCUUACACAGCCACGGGCCCAGAACAGCUCACUCUGGCUCCUGGGCAGCUCAUCCUCAUCAGGAAGAAGAAUCCAGGUGGUUGGUGGGAAGGAGAGCUCCAAGCCCGAGGCAAGAAGCGCCAGAUCGGUUGGUUCCCCGCCAACUACGUGAAGCUGCUGAGCCCCGGGACCAGCAAAACCACCCCCACCGAGCUGCCCAAGGCGGCCCCCGCAGCAGUAAAACCCAGGACCCUGUUGUGUUUUCCAGGGUGUGCAGACCUGCAUCUGCUGGACAUGCUGACUCCCACGGAGAGGAAGAGGCAGGGCUACAUCCACGAGCUCAUCGUCACCGAGGAGAACUACGUCACCGACCUGCAGCUGGUCACAGAGAUCUUCCAGAAGCCACUCCUGGAAUCUGAGCUGCUCACAGAAAAAGAAGUUGCCAUGAUUUUUGUUAAUUGGAAGGAGCUGAUUAUGUGCAAUAUAAAACUACUGAAGGCCCUGCGGGUGCGCAAGAAGAUGUCCGGGGAGAAGAUGCCGGUGAAGAUGAUCGGGGACAUCCUGACGGCCCAGCUGCCCCACAUGCAGCCCUACAUCAGGUUCUGCAGCUGCCAGCUCAACGGGGCCGCCCUCAUCCAGCAGAAGACGGACGAGGUGCCCGAGUUCAAGGAGUUUGUCAAAAGGUUGGCAAUGGAUCCUCGCUGUAAAGGAAUGCCACUCUCCAGUUUUCUGCUAAAGCCUAUGCAACGGGUAACCAGAUACCCACUAAUCAUUAAAAACAUAAUAGAGAACACUCCUGAGAACCACCCUGACCACAGCCACCUGAAGCACGCCCUGGAGAAGGCCGAGGAGCUGUGCUCCCAGGUCAACGAGGGCGUGCGCGAGAAGGAGAACUCGGACAGGCUGGAGUGGAUCCAGGCCCACGUGCAGUGUGAGGGCCUCUCCGAGGGGGACCCCGAUUGUUUCACUUUAUACAGUGCGUUGUUGUUCUUCUUCUACUUUUCGCAGCAACUCGUAUUUAACUCAGUCACAAACUGCCUGGGACCACGCAAGUUCCUGCACAGUGGGAAGCUCUAUAAAGCCAAGAGUAACAAGGAGCUCUAUGGUUUUCUGUUCAACGACUUCCUCCUCCUCACUCAGAUCAUAAAACCUCUUGGCUCCUCGGGCACAGACAAGGUGUUCAGCCCCAAGUCUAACCUGCAGUACAAAAUGUACAAAACUCCCAUUUUUCUAAACGAGGUACUGGUAAAAUUACCCACAGACCCUUCUGGAGAUGAGCCCAUCUUCCACAUCUCCCACAUUGACAGAGUCUACACCCUGCGGGCUGAAAGCAUUAAUGAGAGGACUGCCUGGGUUCAGAAGAUCAAAGCUGCUUCAGAACUUUACAUAGAGACUGAAAAGAAGAAGAGGGAAAAGGCCUACUUAGUUCGCUCGCAAAGGGCGACAGGCAUCGGGAGGCUGAUGGUGAACGUGGUGGAAGGCAUCGAGCUGAAACCCUGCAGGUCCCAUGGAAAGAGUAACCCCUACUGCGAGGUGACCAUGGGCUCCCAGUGCCACAUCACCAAGACCAUACAGGACACCCUGAACCCCAAGUGGAAUUCCAACUGCCAGUUCUUCAUCAAGGACCUGGAGCAGGACGUGCUCUGCAUCACGGUGUUCGAGCGGGACCAGUUCUCCCCGGAUGACUUCCUGGGCAGAACAGAGAUCCGUGUGGCAGACAUCAAGAAGGAUCAGGGUUCAAAGGGACCGGUCACGAAGUGUCUCCUCCUGCACGAAGUGCCGACGGGAGAGAUCGUGGUGCGGCUGGACCUGCAGCUCUUCGACGAGCCGUAGGAGGGCAGGGGCCGUUGGCGUUCGGUCGAGGUCACCGCGGCCCGCCGGGGUCUGCGGGAGCUGUCACAAGGUCCUGGCUGGUGUGGCAGGAAACCACUGCUCGCCCUUCACACCUCCGAGGGUUAUCAAAGCAAACAGGAGCAUCUUUGUGCCUUGAUAAUUCUCAGUGAAAACACGAAUCCCGGUUUAGUGAGGAGAUCUCCCUCAAUCUCUCAAUGUGGAACUUGGAGUUGGUUUCCUGGGUGGAUGAAACAACCCUGUUGUUCCUUGUAGCUCCAGUGGGAACGGCUGGCAAACCACAGAGGUGGCUGUGCUUGCUCCAGUUGCCCUACUCUUGAAUUUCCGUGGAGAAGGCAAUGCUGGGAUGUUUGGGAGGCUUUCUGCAGGGUUUUCCCAUGAAAGAAUUCUGUGCCUGUUGCUCAGCAAAGUGGGGUGUAAAUGGGACGUGAAUGGAAGGAGCAGUUUCGCAGCAAGAAGAUCUUUGAAGAUCUUCAUGAUGGUACUGAAAAGACUUAGAAAAUAAAUAGUCUAUAUCUAUAAACAGAGAAGAUUCUAUUAACAAACCACUUCAUGACUUGCAUUGCCCCUGAAAAUAAAUGAUGUCCAGGCCUCCUGCACAGAGAUGAAUUGCACUCCAGAAGAGUGCACCCCCUCGGUACCUUUGGAAGUUGCUGUUGUCCACAGGACUGUAAAUGUUGGCACAGGAAGCCAAGGGUUAAGCACAGAGCCCUGCUGUGUGUGUCCUGCUGUACCACUUGGAUACUCCUUUACUGCUGCUGCCCAGGUGGGUGAUCUGUCACCUGCAGUGGGGAAGAAAAAACAAUCACGGCUCCAGCUCAGGAAGGGAAUUCCCACCCCGCAGAGUGUGGUUUCAAAGCAAUCAGUGGUGCCCAGGUACUGGCCUGUGCUGGGCUCACCUGUGUGGGACAAGGUGUGAUGGGAGCGGGGCAGCAGCUCCCAGAGGUUGGUGGCUGUGCUGGAUGUGCAGAGUGGGGAACCCCAAAGCCUUGUCACGCUGGGGAGCGCCAGGGCUUCCCUAUCCAUUGGCUCCAUGGACACACACGUCCAGGCCCACAUCCCUGUUGGGCAAAGCCCCGGCUCCAGGCGGGCACUCACGUCUGGCGUCCCCGGAGCACCCGCGUAAGGGCUUUGCUGAGUCUGGACUCGAGAGGGAAAAGAGCCCCGAGAGUCAAAUUCCUCUUUGUUCUGCUUGGAUUCAUUCUGUUCAUGCCCUGCCACGCAUCCACUGGUAUUUUUGUAAGGACUUCAUUCCGGAUGGGAGGUGCCAGCCUGUGUCAUUCGCAUGUGAACGUUCUCGUGGAGCCUGUUGUUGGGUUUUGGUGUUCCUUGCAUGUCCUUCAGUCCUGGUUCCCACCUCUCCUGUGUUGGUGGUGUUCUCUAGCACUACAAGUCUUAUUGGUUUCCAUUAGGAAAUUAGGAUAUAUCCAUAACAGGUAGGUAGAUCCGUAUGGUAAUAAGUGUAAACUGUGCUGGGAAGUGUCUGUGUAUUAUAAUUUCCUAAAAGACCACUGUAAUGUUUCAAGCAAUGGGAAGAAAAAAAAAAAAAAGUAUGUUGGAGGGACAACAAAGUUUACAUUUCAUACUUUUCAGAAUCGCUUUAUUAUUUAUUUAUUGAAGAUAGUGUAGAAUUUUGUAUCAGAAAUGACAGACAUACUUAUGUAUUUUUUGAAACAAAACAGAGAUACACACUUUAGUUAGAAACUUUCAACUGACCACGUUUUAGAGGGAGUGUAACUUCCUAGGCAUGCAUUUGUUUACCACUAACUGGCUGAAAACACGAUUUAGAGAACUUUAAGUUUCUAUUUUUCAAUGUUGUUAAGAAAAUUGUUUCAAUUAAAAUAUGUAAAUAGUACUAAACCCAUGCUUUCCUAAUUCCAUAUCAAGACAUUUUAUGAAAUAUAAUGUAUAUGAAAAUACACAUCGUUGUGGUAGGAUUAAAAAAAAAGUGAUAAAAUCUAUUACUGGAGUAACAUUAAAUGUCAUUGUCUA